AUGGUUAACUCUUACAGUUGUUUACGUCUAGAUAUUGGACGCGUUAUCCUUGUUGAAGUUUAUGAAGACAAUGACAAUAACAAGCAGAAAUUCUUCGAAAUUGGUAAUGAUAAAAAAGUUCCAUUUGAUAAAUUAAUAGUUGCACAACUCGCGGAACUUAUCGCUUGUAAAGGAAAUUUUAAAGUUUCGAAUCUUUGGAAAGUUGACGUUGAUAAAUGUAAGCUUAAUCCUGGUUCUACUAAAGAAGAUAUUGAAAAACUUGGAGGCGAGUCUAUGGAAUUUGAAUACGACUUUAUAAAAUAUUUUCAAGAGGAUUAUGAACCCACGAGAAAUAAAAUCCACAUUGUUGCUACCACCACUGGCUACUACGCCAAUGGGCCAGACGUAACAUUCGUUGCCCUUUCCCCGCCUUUGUCUACUGGUAACAAACCAAGGAUUUCUACCAUUGUAAAUUCAAACUUAAGUCUGAGGAAGGAUCGUAUCAUUAAUCUGCGACGAAUGAUUAAUCUAAGUAUUCUAAUCAAGUCACUUCAAGACGUGAUCGGAUGGCGUGAAUCACCUGAGUUCAGUCAAAUUGUUAGAGAUAAACAGACAAUCGAGGUGUUCGGCACGAACAUUAAAAAGACCUACAAAAUUCCUGAUGAAUUGGAUUGGCGUGUUGAAAAACUCAAGAAUGUUUACAACAUACUGACAAAGAAAAGUGUCCCAAAUAUUGAUCGACUUAUUUGUGCUAAUAAUGAAAAUGGAGUGGUGUAUCUGGGGCCAAAAGGAAUGAGUGUAAAGCCAAAUAGUCUGAAGGAACUCUUUGAAGCUAUUCUCUGUGUGCUCGAGGCUUUGGUGGUUAUGCAUGGUGGCGACAAUCCAAUUUUCCAUCAAGACAUCCGGUGGCCCAACAUUAUAAAAUUAUCUGGUGAACCACCGAAAUGGAUCCUUAUAGAUUGGGACGAUGCUGAUCGUCCACAAACUAGACCAGCAAACCAUCUCGAAAAAACCAAUCAUGCACCAGAAGUUUUUUUACAAGGUCACGGUGGAGAAGUAGACAUAUGGAGCGUAGGAAAACUAAUAACCGAUGCAGACCAUUUUAUCAUGGGUCUUCCUCAAAGUAUUAUUGAUAUUGGGGUACAAAUGCAAAGUGAUGAUAGACCAAAUGCUCUUAAUGCCUUGGAAACUUGGAGGUCUUUAUCAAAUAGCAAUAUUUUUUAA